AUGGCCGCUCCAUUUCCCUCUCCAACGUCGACAUGGCACUCGACCACAUACCAAUCUCUUUCUCCAACCCGCCCUGAGCUCUCUGCUAAGGGAAAGACCGUCUUGAUCACCGGAGGAGGCACUGGAAUCGGUGCAGAGACGGCUGUCUACUUUGCCGAGGCUGGCGCCUCUCGAAUCGCUCUCCUGGGCCGUCGAGAAAAGCCUCUAGUUGAUACCAAGGCCUUGCUCGAACAAAGAUAUCCUAAUUUAGAAGUCUACAUUGCUCCCACGGACGUCACGAACAAAAAGCAAGUCGAUGCAGCCUUUGAAGACUUCAUUAGGAAUAGCAAGCUUCAUGUCCUAGUCAGCAACGCCGCAACCAUCGGGCCUCAGGACAGCGUGGAGGAUGUCGAAAGUGAAGCCUUCAUAGCAAGCAUCGACCAGAACUUGAAAGGAUCGCUCCUCAUCGCCCAGGCUUUUCUUCGCUAUGCAUCUGAUGAUGCAGUCGUUAUCGAGACCAAUUCCUCGGCGGCCCAUUUGAAUUUCGGCCCUAAGUUCGCGGCUUAUAGUAUCGCCAAGUUUGGGGUAUAUCGACUGUGGGACGCCGUGGCUUUCACGAGGCCAAACCUCAGCAUUUUCCAUGUCCAGCCUGGCGUUGUGGAUACUGACAUGAACAAAGAGGCUGGAGGAGUUGCUGCUCUCGGUUUUGAGGAUCAUGUUUCUCUUCCAGCAAGCUUUUACGUUUGGCUGGCCAGUCCUGAAGCGCGAUUUUUGAAAGGGAAAUUCCUUUGGGCGAACUGGGAUGUCGAUGAGCUCAAAGCAAAGGCUAAAGAGAUUGAGUCAGGUUCCUUACUUGCUAUUGGACUCGUUGGAUGGCCGUUCCGGCAAGACGACUGGGAAUUAUCGGCAAAUUUCUAG